GUCGUGUGCGGGGCGACUGCCGGGCUGCAUCGACGCGCAGCCGACCCCAUACACGCGCAGCCAACGCCCUACCGCGAGGCGAGACCGCAGACGCACCACAGCACACGAUGACCACGACCCUGGGAUGCUUCAGCGCCGGCCUCGGCCGCCGCACGGACCUGCCCUGGCCCUUGCCCGCCGACGCCGGUCAAGUACGGGAGAAGGGCUACUUCGUCGAGGGCGGCAAGGAGUCCCUGCCGCCGAAGUGGGAUUCCAAAGUGAUGGCGCGACCUAAACUACCAGACGACGUGAGCGGCGUCGACGCGUACCACAAGAAGUUAAGUGGAGAGGUCGAUGGUAAGGGAGAGCCGACGAUCGCCGUCUUCCUCAAGACGGGGCCCCCGGGCCGCGCGCCGGCGCUCGUCAUCGAGGGCGUGAGCGUGACGGCGGCCGCUGGUGUUUUGGCGGACCGCGCGGCCAAGGACCUCGGCGUGCCCGUGGAUGCCUUGUACUACCACGGCGUCGCCUUGGAUCUGGCGACGCCCCUCAAGGCCCAGGGCGUCUUCCGCGACCCGGUGCUGCUCGAGUGGAAGUAG